AUGAAAAAAAGGCAAUGUAUUGCUGAAGCUGUACAGGCACAAGUACGUGCAGAUAGAUUUGCUUUUAUUAAUGAUUCAGAACAUGUCCUCAAGCAUGAAGUUGGCGCUUUAAAGUCAAGUUUAGCUCAAUAA